AUGGAAAUACAUUCACCCCACACCCCUCUUUACACUCUCUCUCUCUCUCUCUCUUACUCUCUCUCUCUCUCUCUCUCUCUCUCUCUCUGUAACCCCUUCGGGUCACUUGCUUUCUGUUUUGGCGUAAUUUACGCAUGUGUUCCUCUUUUCGCCUCUUUUCUGCUUCCACUUCUUGCAGACGCUUCAGUUCGCGCGCCAGCUCCUCUUCCUCCAGACGACGUCGUUCUUCUUCUUGCUGUUGAAGCGGAGGAGAGAAGGAAAUGGAAAGAAAAACGCUCUCUCUUUCCACUUCUCUCCCUUUCCACCUCUCUCUCUCUCAUUCCACCUCUCUCUCUCUCUUUCCACCUCUCUCUCUCUUUCCACCUCUCUCCCUCUUUCCACCUCUCUCUCUCACUCUGUCUCUUUCCACCUCUCUCUCUCUUUCCACCUCUCUAUCUCUCUUUCCACCUCUCUAUCUCUUUUCUCUUUCCGCCCCUCUCUCUCUUUCUUUCCAGCUCUCUCUCUUUCCACCUCUUUCCUUCUCUCUUUCCACCUCUCUCUCUCUCUUUCCACCUCUCUCUCUCACUCUCUCUCUCUCUCUCUCUUUCCACCUUCCCGUGA